GUUAUCGAUAAUUAUUGCCAAACAACACAGCUGUCCUGUACCGGUUUAUUUUGAUUUGAGUUUGAUUUUGCUUGUCGUUUUAGAAAAUCUAAAAACAAUGGAUGACAAUAGAAGGAAUCAAAUUACAAGCUUAAUGUUGCUAAUGAAAGAUUACAACGAUCGAUUUAUGCGGAACCUAUUGGAGCUGCAGAAACUGGAAGAGGAUUCGACCAAGUUGUUGCUAGUACUUGCAGAGGAAGAUCCCAUCGAAAUACCAUUCAAACGGGAGCACCCGGAUGGUAAAUUCUGGGAGCGAGAUGUCCCGCAAAAAUCUGAUGACUUCUUCAAGGAUAAUUUUCGCAUGGAAAGGGAAUACUUUGAUGAAAUUGUGGAGCGUUUUCGAAAUGUGGGAAUAAAACAAGAGAACCCGAAUGCAAUUGCAUUAGAAAAACGCAUAGCUAUAGCCCUAUAUGCAUUGGGAUCAUCAAAAGACUAUCGCAAAGUGGGCAGAUUAUUUGGAAUUCCCUCGUCGAUGGUACCAAAAGUCCUGACUGAGUUCUGCAGAUUUAUCUGCCGCGUUUUUUCCUCGGAGUACCUGCCCCCAGAGUUUCUCACCCAGGAGAAACUGGACGAAUGUGUCUCGGGAUUCGACGAGCUAGGCUUUCCUCAAUGCUUCGGAGUUUUGGAUGGAACACACAUUGAAGUACGACCACCCAUCGCCGAUGCUGAGGAUUAUUAUAACAUGAAAGGAUGGUAUUCUACUAUACUUAUAGCAUUAGUAGAUCACAGAGGAAGAUUUCUAUAUGUAAAUACAGGCUGCCAGGGUCGCUGCAGCAAGUCGCAGAUAUAUGAAGCCAGCACCUUGAAGAAAAUGGUCAAUUCAAGUGAUAUUCUUAAGCCAAUUCAAAGACUAUCGAGGAAGUCGAUGUGCCGGUGCUUUUGGUUGGCGAUUCGGCCUUUCGAUUCUCAACAGCCGUCAUGAAGGCCUACCCGUUUGAAAAUAAUGGGCAAGAGAAUGAAAUUAUUUUUAAUGAUGCCCAUUCUAAAAUCAAGAGACUUGCUGAGAAUGCCUUUCGCCAAUUAAAAUGUCGCUUCUCCCGAAUUCAUAGGGGACUUGAUAAUCGCAACCGUAAAGCGCCGGGAAUUAUAAUAGCCUGUUGUAUAUUACACAACUUUUUAAAUUACAAAAAUAGCGAUCUUAUGGAUAAUUGGAAAAUCGAUGAUAGCGAUCGUGCUCAGCCCGAGGAAACCGACAGUUUCACUGACUUGUUGGCAGCUCCGGAAACUAUGAGAAACGCCAUUUCAUACUUUAUCAACAAGCAGCCGGAAAGAUAAUAGAGUGAAAUAGGAUCUACAUAUGUCGCCGUUGUGAAAUCAAAUAUUAUUUUUAUAUUUUAACUAUUUUAGUACGUACAAAUAAUACU